UUUUGAAUGAUUCAGUUCAAAACUUUUUCAAACUGUUGAAUAAGUCCCGAGAAACGAAUUUUACUAGAAUAAAAUAAUCUCUUGUUGAAGAACAUGUAUGACUCAAGUGAAGACGAACUCACUUCCGAUCAAACAAAGAGUUAUUCUUGUUUGAAUUUAACGAAAGAUCAAAGACAGAGGAAUGUGAACGAUUUAACAAUGGAUGAAGUAGAGAAUGCUUUGAGUGAAAUCGAUUUAAAGUACUCGAAAUACAAUAGUCAAACUGAAUGUGACAAAAACUUGAUGAUGUUACUACAGGAUUUUGAUUCUUUAGGACUUCCUGAAAUAGAUCCGUCCCUCCCAGUAGAAGAUAUAAAUAGCAAAAUAGUGAACAACUCCAAGUUAUUAGUUGAAAUGUAUAGGAGGAAUUUAAACAAACUAGAUGAAGAUGAAUUAAGUUUCAGAUCUAAAGAUACAAGGUAUGCAAACCUCCAGAAAAAAUUAACAAAUCUGAAUAAUAGUUAUGAGAAAUUACUAUACAAAAAUAAAAGUCUUGAGGCUGUAGUUGACAAAAUGAGAAAAGAGAAUAGUCAAAUGAAAGAUAUGCUGAAUAUGCAAAGAAAUGAAAUGAAGAAGCUAAAGCAAUAUUAUUGCUCCAAGCAGGAUGAAUUGCAACAUUCUGUGAAAAAGUUGGAGAAGAAUAAUCAAGACUUGAAGGACAUGUUCAGACAAGAUAUUGGCAAAUACAUAGCUAAAGAUGAAGUUAUUGCUGAUUAUGUUAAAAAAUGUAAACAUAAUGAACAAAUUUACGAAAGUACAAUUAAACAGCUUCAACAAAACAAUACCAGACUUCUUGAGGAAAUCACAAAAUUCAGAGAAUGAACUAGAUUGGAUGUGCAAUGGAUUGUUGAAGUGCCAUUAAAAUUGUCUAUACAUUUCGUAUUUACCACUAGUUAUUGUUUGCUGGCUUGAAAUUAGUGGAUAUAAUUUUAUUGCUAACUCAAAGACUAUUUCAAACUGUGAUAUAAUAUGAUAGUAUUAUCAUUUUUAUAUUUUUGUAAUAUUUAACAUUGACUUAUUGUUUUAUAAGCAUACUUUUUUGUGAUCGUACUAACUCAUUGAUAAUGAAAUUAUAUUGAAUUUAUAAAAAAAUUUAAUUGCAUUAU